CCCAGCUGGCGAGAGCGAGCAGGACGCAGACGCAGGAGAUAAACGCAGGGAAGAGGCCGCGGAGCGCACCGUCCACCACUGCAGCUGAUGUAACAAUCAGACCGCGUAUGUUGGAGUCAGUUGUUCCAUAAGAACAAGUUCGUCAUAAAAAGAGACAAAAGAAGGAGAGAAAAUGGGACAUACCGCAUUACCUGUGCUGAUGGCUGUAUUGUCCUAUGCCGUGUGGGAGAACGUCGAGGCUCUGGCUAUGGCCGAGGUGAAUGGGCCAGGCCCCCAGCCACAGCUGGCCAUGUUCUGUGGCCGUCAGCUCCUGCACAUGAACCUACAGACCGGCCAGUGGGAGCCGGAUUCUUGGGGCCAAAAGGGCUGCUUAAAAGAGCCCAGUGAAAUCCUGUCCUACUGUCAGAAGAUGUACCCAGCGCUUCAGAUCUCCCAUAUAGAGAAGUCACAAAGACCCGUCACCAUCAACGCCUGGUGUAAGAAAGGCUGGGGACACUGCCAGACACAUCUGUUCAUAGUGCUGCCCUUCCGCUGUCUAGAGGGCGAGUAUGUGAGCGAGGCCCUGCUGGUGCCCGACCGAUGCCGAUUCCUCCACCAGGAGCAGAUGGAUGCGUGUGAGAGCCACGUGUACUGGCACAACAUAGCUAAAGAGGAAUGCACCGCAGACAAUCUGGAGCUUCACAGCUACGGGAUGCUGCUGCCAUGUGGCGACCGUUUCCGAGGCGUCGAGUAUGUGUGCUGCCCAGGCCGAGGGAGCACCAGUGGUAAAGGAGACACAGAGGAGCGAGAGGUCCCUGCUGUUCCUCAGACAUUUACAUCCCAGACCAGCGGAAAACCUAAUUCUGUCACCAAAGUAACAGCCCCCACCCCAAGCCCCUCUCCUACCGACACAGAUGUGGACGAGGCCGAUAUGGAAGAGGAGGACGAUGAAGUGGUGGAGGAAGAGGAGGAGGAAGAGGAAGAUGAGGAAGAGGAGGAGGAGGUUGUGGAUGAGGAGGAUGUGGAGGAGGAGGAGGAGGAGCAGGCGAUAGCUCUGAAGGAUCCAGAGGAGUAUGAAUACCCCAUUGACUCAGGUCCCUACCAGACAGCCGACUAUCUGGAAUCGUUUUAUUACGACAAAAGCCUCAAACCAACCAGCUCUGCACCUCUGAUGAAGGACAGCUUGAUUGCGCCCCGGCCCACAGAUGGUGUCGAUGUUUAUUUUGAGAAGCCGGUGGACGACACUGAGCAUGCCUACUUCCUGCGUGCCAAAACAGACUUGGAGGAGCGCAGGAUGAAGCGCAUCAAUGAGAUUAUGAAGGAAUGGGCAGAGGCAGACAACCAGUCAAAGAAUCUGCCAAAGUCAGAGCGACAGGCCUUGAAUGAGCACUUCCAGUCCGUGCUGCAGACGCUGGAGGAGCAGGUCGCUGGAGAGAGGCAGAGGCUGGUGGAGACUCAUCUCGCCAGAGUAGAGGCUAUUCUCAACAACAACCGCCGUCUGGCUCUGGAGAACUACUUGAAUGCCGUACAGUCUGAUCCCCCUCAGCCGGACCGCGUGCUGCAAGCUCUGAAGCGAUACAUGGCUGCGGAGCAGAAGGACCGCAGACACACUCUCAGGCACUACGAGCAUAUUGUAGCUGUUGACCCCCAGAAGGCUGAGCAGAUGAAAUUCCAGGUGUAUACACAUCUCCAUGUGAUUGAGGAGAGGAUGAACCAGAGUCUGGCACUGCUGUACAAGGAUCCUAAUUUGGCUGAGGAGCUGCACAAUGACAUCCAGGAGCUGCUCAAGGCAGAGCGAGGAGACAUCGUCGAGCUCAUGACCACCUCCUUCUCUGAGACUCGCACGACAGAGGAGCUGCUGCCGGCUGAGAGCGAGGAGGAGAAGGACGAUGAAGAGGAAGAGGAGAGAGCCUUCCAGAACAGGCCUUAUCCUCCCCGCACUGAGUCUAAUAAGAAAGCGACUGCAGUUGAUGAAUAUGAUUAUACCACAUCCGAGAGAGGCCCUACUUAUGAAUACGAGGAAAAGAUUAACACCUCUGCAGAGCUCAAGCAGGUCGUCAACAAGCCGCCUGAGAUUGCGAGAGAUGAACUGCAACCCGAUGCUUUGGAGACAUUUAACCGCGGCGCCAUGGUGGGGUUGCUGGUGGUGGCUGUGGCAAUCGCCAUGGUGAUGGUGAUCAGCCUGCUGCUGGUGCGCAGGAAGCCAUACGGCACUAUCAGCCAUGGCAUCGUAGAGCAGGUCGACCCCAUGCUGACACCAGAAGAACGGCAGCUCAACAAAAUGCAGAACCACGGUUAUGAAAACCCUACCUACAAAUUCUUUGAACAGAUGAACUGAGGCGCUGGGGCCGCUAACAAGUCAUGCCCGACCACAUGUCCCCCCCCCCCCC